AUGUUUAAUUCCAGAUUACAAUUACGUACUGUUUCUAGAUUCUUAUCCACUGGUCAACCUUCAAUUGGUAGGUUCACUGGUAAGCCAGAUCCAGCUACUGGCAAAUUUACUGUUCCAUUUAUUGAAGGUGACGGUGUUGGUCCAGAAAUCUCUGAAUCUGUUAAGAAGAUUUUUUCAGCUGCCAAAGUUCCAAUUGAAUGGGUUCCUUGUGAUGUCGGUCCAAUAUUUGUCAAUGGCCAAACUACAAUUCCAGAACCUGCUGUUGAAUUAAUAAAUAAACAUUUGAUUGCCUUGAAAGGUCCACUAGCCACUCCAAUUGGUAAGGGACACAGGUCAUUAAAUUUGACCUUGAGAAAAACCUUCAACUUAUUUGCUAACGUACGUCCUGCAAGAUCUAUUCCAAACUAUAAAUCUACUUAUGAGAAUGUUGAUUUAGUCUUGAUUAGAGAAAAUACUGAAGGUGAAUAUUCUGGUAUUGAACAUGUUAUCACUCCAGGUGUUAUACAGUCAAUUAAAUUGAUUACAAGGGAAGCUACUGAAAGAGUAGUCAGAUAUGCUUUCGAAUAUACCCAAGCUAUCGGUAGACCAAGAUUAUUAGUUAUUCACAAGUCCACUAUUCAAAGAAUGGCCGAUGGUUUGUUUGUUAAAGUAGCUGAAGAAUUAGCAUCGGAGUACCCAGAUAUUAAAUUAGAAACUGAAAUCAUUGAUAAAUCAAUUUUAAAUGUUGUAAGUAAACCUGAAUUAUACUCAGAUGCUGUCUCAGUUUGUCCAAACUUGUACGGUGACAUUUUAUCUGAUUUAAACUCUGGUUUAAGCGCAGGUUCUUUAGGUUUGACCCCAUCUGCUAAUAUUGGUGAUAAAGUCUCCAUUUUUGAAGCAGUUCAUGGUUCUGCACCAGACAUUGCUGGUCAAAAUAAGGCAAACCCAACUGCCUUAUUGUUGUCAUCUGUUAUGAUGUUGAAGCAUAUGGGUCUAGAUGAGCAUGCUAAUAAAAUUGAAAAUGCUGUUUUGACAACCAUUGCUUCUGGUUCGGAAAAUAGAACUGCCGAUUUGUCUGGUACUGCUUCCACUUCAUCAUUUACAGAAGAAGUUAUUCAAAGAUUAUAG